AUGCCUGUUUCUUCCGAGUUUGCUUGGGCGAUAGGCGGAGUUAUCACCAAUUCUGCAUCUUUCAAUCUACUCUUCAUCCAAUUUCUUCCAGCAACGAUGUCAAUGGUCUCUAGUCUUCCGUUUCUUUGUCUUUUCACCGAAUGGGGCCAUUCUUUCUUUUGCCUUCCAACUAAUCUCGUGUCCAGUCUCUGCGAUGUGUUGCGCCAUUUCUGA